AUGUUCGACGAAAUGGAGCAGUGGGACGCUCUGGUGGAUGCCGCGCUCGCGACGCUGGAGGCCAGGAGCCUGCUACGCGCUACGCGACCCAUCGCGCUCGCGUCGCCCCCGCCCCCCGCGACCCCACAGACCUUCGACGGGCCGGGGCCCUGGGACCGUGCCGCCGUCGAAAUCCGGCUCGACCGCAACACCCUGCACCAAUGGCUGGCCGAAGGUGGUGAGGCGAGUGGACAUGAAGACGAGUUGGAUGGAAAUCUGAUCCUUUUCUCAGGGAAUGACUACAUGGGCCUCAGCUCGCAUCCUGCAGUCCGUGAGGCUUUAGUGCAGGCAGCUCGAGAUUAUGGCAUGGGGCCAAGAGGCUCGGCGUUGAUCUGUGGGUAUACUAGUUAUCACAAGUUGGUGGAGGAAUCAUUGGCACAAUUGAAGAAAAAAGAGGAUUGCCUUCUUUGCCCUACUGGGUUUUCUGCCAACAUGGCUGUAAUGACAGCCCUGGGGAGUAUUAGCUCUCUUUUGUCCCAUGGGAGAAAACCAGCAGAGUAUGAGAGAAUUGCGAUCUUCUCAGAUGCGCUGAACCAUGCUUCAAUCAUUGACGGGAUUCGCCUUUUGGAGCGGCAGCAAGAAGCGUUAGUGUUUGUCUACAAGCACCGUGACAUGUUCCAUCUUGAUUUCCUGCUGUCCAGUUGCUCAAUGGAAAAGAAAGUUGUUGUCACAGAUAGCCUGUUCAGCAUGGAUGGUGAUUUCGCUCCAUUCCCUGAACUUGUCAAAUUACGCAGAAAGUAUGGGUUUCUAUUGGUCAUCGAUGAUGCCCAUGGGACAUUUGUUUGUGGUGAGAAUGGUGGUGGUGCAGCUGAGCUAUUUAAAUGUGAAAAGGACAUUGACAUAGGUGUCGGCACCUUAAGCAAAGCCGCUGGCUGCCAGGGUGGUUUUAUAACAUGCAGCACUAGAUGGAAGAGGCUCAUUCAGUCACGAGGUCGCUCAUUCAUAUUUUCAACUGCUUUGCCGGUGCCAGUUGUUGCUUCUGUGCAUGAAUUCCUGCUAGAACUUGCUAUAAAUAAAAGGUCUCUUUUUCAAUUCACCAAUACUGUGAAGGAAGAUAAACUUAUCUUGGACCUCUUGGCAGGCUGA